AUGAUCAGCGAUGGUUGCGGAACUAUCACGCUUCAAACUGGAGGGUCACCCAAUCCCUUUUCGGAAACCGUGCAGGCAACUCGAGACUUGGCGGGUCCAAAAUCGCCCGCCGCCAAUGGUGACGAUGCGCAGAGGAUGGAGAUUGCAAGUCAUGAUGUGACGCAUGGGGAAAAUCUAGGUGAUUUAGGAGUGCCGCUUUCGGAGCCAGUACGUCGGAAAGUACUCCUCGAUGUUUACCUUGUUCAUGUCGACCCAAUAUUGAAAAUCCUGCACCGCCCAUCUCUCUGCGCCUAUCUCAAUGACAGAAAAAACUAUUUGGGAUACCCACGAGAGCAUCCUGUGCCUGCGGCACUGGCCGCUGCCGUGUUCUAUAUGGCAACCUCGGUCCUCUCUGAAACCCAGUGUCUGACUUUUCUCGCUGAAGGAAAACAGACAGUUCUGACCAGCAUUCGUGCUUUCUUUGGUCAGUUCAUUAUAAAUGUUUGA